AUGUUGUACCUCCUACUGCCCAUGCAUCAAACUGUAAUAAUGACACUACCGAAACUCACUUCACGUUUUCUUGAUAUUCGAAAUGAACAUCAAAACAUGUUCUUACCCAUCGAAGGCUAUGAAGAUAUGCCACUCUUGUCCUUGGGAGAUGCUGUUCAACAUUUGGAAGAUACUAUUUCGAAUAUCAGACGAAAUACAUGGAUUGCAAAACAGAGAACAGCUAUUACUGCUGAUGGUCUUACUCAAGAUGAAUCAGCUGCUAUUCAACUCUACAAUGGAAUGAAAAUCCAGUGA